UCCCGGCCGCGCCCGCUCUCCGCGCAAGCUUGCGACUCCAUGACAAACAUGCUCCACUACAAAUUAUCUUAAAAUAUAGCAUAGCUGAGACCUAAGGUCGGAAGCGCGCUCCCAUCAUCUCAUGUGCUGGUGGACAGCACGUUAAGGGCCGGACGCGCCGAGCCGUCUGUCGAGGCUCGCGUGUCGAGCAGUCGCUGGCGACGGCCGUGGUGCGGGCCGCGCCAUCCGAGCUUGCAGAGUUAAUUUGACGUAGCCGUAGACAUUCGAUCGCGUGUGCGGUGCAGUGUUGGUGUGACGCGAGUGAGUGCUCGUAUUGAGCGAUGCGAGCGCUGGUGCCGCGGGCAGUACGAAAGGUGGACGGCCGCCGCCGCUGCUGCUAAGUGGAUUAUCUCGAGCUGAGCAGCGCCGUGGCCUGCUGCCGCGAGCCCUACUUCUGCUGGAUGGUCGCUCACACACGUAAACAAUAGUAUCGAUCUCGACAGUGACUGCCACCGUUGUGUGGCGUGGUGAGUGAGAUGGCGGACGGCAUGUGACAUCACGGCGCCAGGCUAGCGGCGGCAUGCCGGGCGGCCGCCGGGGGCUCGUGGCCCCGCAGAACACCUUUCUCGAGAACAUCAUCCGGCGCUCCUCCUCGCAGCCAGACAGCAGCUUUCUGUUGGCCAACGCACAGAUCGUGGACUAUCCGAUCGUGUACUGUAACGAGACUUUCUGCAAGAUGAGCGGCUACAACCGAGCGGAGGUCAUGCAGAAAUCAUGCAGGUGCACGUGGAUGUACGGCGAGCUGACGGAGAAGGAGGCGGUGGAGCGAGUGGACCGCGCCCUCGACCAUCACCUCGCCGACCAGUUCGAAAUCCUGCUGUACAAGAAGAACCGCACGCCACUAUGGCUGCUGGUCCACGUGGCGCCCAUCCGCAACGAGCGCGAGCUGGUGGUGCUGUUCCUGCUCACGUUCCGGGACAUCACGGCGCUUAAGCAGCCGAUCGACGCAGACGACCCCAAAGGAGGGCUGUCCAAGUUCGCGAAGCUGGCGCGCUCGGUGACGCGGUCGCGGUCCGUGCUGGUGUCGGCGCUGCCGGCGCUGAAGGAGCCGCAGCGCGCGAGCCACCUGGCGCAUGUGAUGUCGCUGUCGGGCGACGUGCUGCCGCAGUACCGGCAGGAGGCGCCCAAGACGCCGCCGCACAUCCUGCUCCACUACUGCGCAUUCAAGGCCAUCUGGGAUUGGAUCAUCCUCUGCCUCACCUUCUAUACGGCCAUCAUGGUGCCCUACAACGUGGCCUUCAAGAACAAGACGAGCGAAGACGUGUCGCUGCUGGUGAUCGACUCCAUCGUGGACGUCGUCUUCUUCAUCGAUAUAGUGCUAAACUUCCACACCACCUUCGUGGGCCCCGGCGGCGAGGUGGUCAGCGACCCGAAGGUCAUCCGUAAGAAUUACUUCAAGUCGUGGUUCCUGAUCGACCUGCUGUCAUGUCUUCCGUACGACGUGUUCAACGCGUUCGACCACGACGAGGACGGUAUCGGCAGCCUGUUCAGCGCUCUGAAGGUGGUGCGCCUGCUGCGCCUGGGCCGCGUGGUGCGCAAGUUGGACCGGUACCUGGAGUACGGCGCCGCCAUGUUGAUCCUGUUGCUCUGCUUCUACAUGCUGGUGGCGCACUGGCUCGCCUGCGUCUGGUAUAGCAUCGGUCGCUCCGAUGCCGACUCGGGCCUGCAGUACUCGUGGCUGUGGAAGCUCGCCAACGUGACUCAGAGCCCGUACUCGUACGUGUGGUCCAACGAAUCCGACGGGCCCGAACUCGUCAACGGCCCAUCGCGCAAGACCAUGUACGUGACCGCGCUCUACUUCACCAUGACCUGCAUGACCUCCGUGGGCUUCGGCAACGUCGCCGCCGAGACCGAUAACGAGAAGAUCUUCACCAUCUGCAUGAUGAUAGUGGCAGCCCUGCUGUACGCCACCAUAUUCGGCCACGUCACCACCAUCAUCCAGCAGAUGACCUCCGCCACGGCCAAGUACCACGACAUGCUGAACAACGUGCGCGAGUUUAUGAAGCUGCACGAGGUGCCCAAGGCGCUGAGCGAGCGCGUCAUGGACUACGUGGUGUCCACGUGGGCCAUGACCAAGGGACUGGACACCGACAAGGUGCUGAACUACUGCCCCAAGGACAUGAAGGCGGACAUCUGCGUGCACCUGAACCGCAAGGUGUUCAACGAGCACCCCGCGUUCCGCCUGGCGUCGGACGGCUGCCUGCGCGCGCUGGCCAUGCACUUCCAGAUGUCGCACUCGGCGCCCGGCGACCUGCUGUACCACACGGGCGAGUCCAUCGACUCGCUCUGCUUCAUCGUCACGGGCAGCCUCGAGGUCAUCCAGGACGAUGAGGUCGUCGCUAUUCUCGGUAUGUGGAGUCCCGUCUUCCGCUUUACCUAUCCCGAAUUACCUGGACUCGGCUUCGAUCAUAUACAAGGAAUUUGGCGCAUGGACCGACACAAUUUUUGUUGA